CUUUUGCGGUGUCCGCUGGAGACGGCUGCAGAGGAGAGAAGAAGGGAUCAAGGGAAGAAGAAAAUUGUGCCAAGGAAAAGGAAAGAAAAACAACAACCAUCCCAAAAAAAAAACAGUAUACAAAAAGGAGAGCAGCAGCCCCUGCCCCUCCCCUCCCCCCCAUAGGACUCCAAUUAUUUCCUCCCUUCCUUCCUUACAAAAGUCAUGACGGCGGUGAUGGAUUUGGAUCUCAACUGCUUGCCGCCGUCGCCGGAGCACACCGCCCAGGAGGACCUCAGGCGGUCAAUGCUCCGUCAAGAACACGCCUUCCGCGAUCAGGUUCGGGUGAAGGACUUGCACAGGCUGUAUUGGGCUCAGAAGAAUCUCACGGAUGUGCCGCCAUUCUGGAAACAGUCCGAUGAUGUGCUGUAUGCUCACCAUCCGCACCAUCGUUCUCACAUGGUGGAUUUGGAUGACACAGGGAAUCCUGGCGUUUUUAGUCAUUUUUAUGGGCAAGGCGAGCAGGGCUGUGGACGUGAUGACGAUGAGGUUGCAAGGGAGAAUUUUGAUGUCAAGGGUUCAAUUCGGAGAAAACCUGAUCCUCCUAGCGUGCAGGGGAGGUCUCGUUGCCGCUUUGUGAUCGAUUUAGAGAAACCGGCGACAUUGGAUGAUGAUGUGGAGAUUGUUUCUUCACCAGGCUUCGUCAACUAUGCUACCUGCAGUGGUGUUUCCUCGUGUCAUUCCCAACGUGUUCCACUGGAGAGCUCUCCGGUGAUGCGUGAUCUGUGCAGAGAUCACAAUACUCCUUAUGUUAGUUCUGGUUCAACUGGUUCUAGUGAUACUCCAGACAAUCAUUCACCUGCGAAAGCAAAGACUACUGUAUCUGGGCGCAUGUUUAUUGACCUGAAUGUAGCUCAGGAGGAUGAUUUUAGUAUUCGCUCUGAUCCCUCUGAAGUGUUGUGUUCUCUUUUGGCUAGUUCUACUAAAGAACAAUCUGGAGAUUUUUGCAAUAUUUCCAGCAAAACAUUCCACAAGGGAAGUGAAUCUAGCAUUGGGUCAUUGAAAGGAUCAUCCAUCACAGUUGUCACAACCAUCUCUGCUCCAGACAGUGCAAGGGAAGGGGUGGCAGCAGGUUUAUUUUGUGAUUUUCAGAGUCACCAGCCUUACCGUGUGGAAGAUAAGAUUUUUGGAUCGGAUUCUCAGGGCUGUAUGGAAAUACGGUGGAAUUUAUCCUCAGUUAAUUCCAACGGUGGAAAUAAUUCUUCUUCAGGCUUAUCCAAAUUGGGGGACACCCAAACUGCUAAUUUAAUAGGACAACCAGUUCUUGCUGUGCAUAGGGAGCCCCAAGAGGAGACUAUAGCAGUAAUAUCUGAUGAUGAAGUGGAAGGCAUUGACUUAAAUGUAGCGGUUGAGAGCAUUGAUCUGCCGUCAAAUGUAGCAAGCAAUUCUAGAGAGGAACUUGUAAAUAAUGAUGGAAGUGAAGAAAACUCAUGCAACAAUUGUUUUACUCAAAAUGAGGGUCGACAAAAUGUUCCUUCCGUUGAAUGUCCAGCUAUUAGAAACAAUCACAUGGCUGAGAGUCAGGGUGGUGAGGAUGUACAGUCUCCAUGUUCUGGAAUUGCCAUGAACAGGUCUGUUUUUAUCCUGGAAAAUCCUCAAGGUCACGACUAUGCUUGUCCAAGCUUGAGAUCAUCAAGUAAUGGAGUAUCAAUUCCUCUCGAUAGUGUCAGCAUUCGUCAAGCUGAGAUGGGAGAGGAUGAAAAAAGUACCACUACAGCAGCUGAGACGCUUCUUUCCAUAUUCGCGACCAAUUCUGCAUGGAUGACAGACAGCCAUGGAAACAACAGUCAAACAGAUGCUCAGGUUGGGAACCACAAACCUACGCUUCCGUUGGAUUCUUUCGAAGAAAGUGUAUUGAGCCUAGAGGAGAUGAAAGAUGAUGGGGAAUCAAUCCCAGUGAGGCCACCUGAUAAGGAUGGGCCUUCCUGUGGGAUUAAGCUGAAGAGAGGGAGGGGGCUGAGAGAUUUCCAAAGGGAAAUAUUACCUGGGCUCGUCUCUCUGGCGAGGCACGAGAUAUGUGAUGACUUGCACACCAUAGGGUAUGAAAUCAGAAAAAAUCGGUCAAGGAGAACCUCUGGUGACCAGUGUACUCCAACACGAACAAGACUGCCUAGGCGCUGUUCUACUGCAUGGAACCUAUGAGCGUCUUCAACGUCACAGCUCCAACGUGCAGUGCCAAGAAACAUGAAAGGCGGCCGGAACUCUAACAAGCUUUGUGAAUAUUGCUGUGUACUAAGCAUAUCCGGAAACCUGGUUCGUGUCAGUAGUCAUUUCAUUGGAGAGAUUAGUUUAGCCAUUUAAUCGGCGAGCUUGGAGGAAAUGUUGAGAAUCGUUAGAUCGUGCUUUAGCAGAUGCAUAUUUGAAUUUAGCAACUGGCGGUAAAGCUAACCAUUUCUUUUCCCUUUCCCCCUUAUGUACUAAACCCGGGAUCUGCGAUGAAUGGCUCCAUAGAAUUGAAUAA